AUGGAUACUACGUAUGUAAUACAAACAAAAAAACAGAAGUUAGUGUCUGAUACACUCACCGAUUUCGCCAAAGAAGACUCCCAUGGGCUCAGCUGUCAACCGACUGAUCAGCUUCCAUGCAAUGUCAACGACGAAGAGAGGCGGGAAGAUUUGAACGGGGAUGCGAAACAGAACUCGCCCGAUACUCCUCCGACUAAUAACGAUCCUCGCUCGCCUGCUGCUGCGGAGCAAAACAGCAGCGGAUUUGGAGACGAGAUUGGACCGGAUGAAGAACACAAGAGUACCAAUGAUUUCGAGUCAGACGAAGAAAAUGGAAAUCCAUUUCCUUCCAUUUUUCAGACAGAUAAUCUCACUCAUGCUGAACGUUUGCAAGCAUAUGCAAGUAUUUUCCUGGCAAAAUCGGAAUCAUGGGACGACAGAAGUUUUGAUAUUCAUCAGGAAAUGUAUCUUUUCUUGACUGAAGCAGUCGUGAACUUUUGGACAGGGAUCUGGAAAGUAGAAAAUAAUUGUGACGUUGUUAUUGAGACCGACCAUGCUCCACAUCCAGAAAGCCGACAACAGCACCUGAAGGCCAAAGUGCACAUCAGUGAACCCUUCCUGUGCAUGCUUGAUGGAGCUCUCUGCACUGAGGAAAACUCUGAGGAGAGAGAUGAAGUGGAAAGGAAGAUAAGAGGAAUUCUAGAGAAAUCAGAGGGACUUGUUGACCUCACAGACCUCUAUCCUGUCUACAACAAAACUGGCCUGCUAGACAACACUGCCUUGGCUAUUGAACAUGCUAGGUUCUUCUACCAAAAUCUUUGGAGACCUAUGGAUGAUGAGGAUGAACUAAGUGGAUCAAAAUACAUGGAUAAAUAUCUCAAACCAAGACUAAAAUUCGUAUAUGACGUCAAGGAGAAGCGAAUUCCAGCCCACAUUGUAAGAAAGCACCAGAUGGCUCUUUCUGAAUGUCUCGACAAAUACGACCGCAUCGCCUCUCUUCAGGCUCAGCUGGAAGAUGGUGAUGGUAGCGAAGGCGGUGUUGAUGAACUGGACAUGAAUGAGAGCUGUAUGGUGGUUGACAUCAUGGGGCUUAAUGAAGAGAUUGAAGUCCUUAAGAUGAAGAUGGAGAAACUUGAGAACCCUGUCUUGAGGUCUUUGAUGGAUAUCCCAAAUGCAAUGCUAUCAGAGAGGAGUUAUUUGGGAAGCCAAAGUAGAGCGGACAGCUUGCCAAAGACAUUCCUAGUCACUGAGACAUUAACUGCCGGUAUGAUACAGAAUCUCAACCUAGGUCCUGAUGUGGUCUUAGAGCACUGCAGAUCACCCGGAGAAGCGCUGUCAAGGUCUUACAACGGUGACACCAUCUUAAUCUUCCCUGGUUCCUACACUGGUGAAAGAUUCUAUACCCUCCAGCACUCUGUCACUAUCAAGGGAGUAGGAAAAAGGAAGGAUAUUAUCAUCCGAUGUGAAGAGUUGGCUGACAUCUUCUUGGACUGUGACACGUCUGGGGCUGUGAUUUCUAACCUGACCUUAGAAGAUGAUAACAGUGCCACCAGUGAGGGCCUCAUUGCUGUGCGUGCAGGAGGCAGUUUAAUAAUGAAUGGCUGCUUGCUCCAGAGUGGAGGAACAGGUGUUAAUGUCUUCAGAGGAGGUUCUCUAGAGAUGACAGGAUGCGAGAUCAAAGACAUCCAGAGGAAUGGAGUGAGGUGCAAGGCAGGUUCAUCUGUUAUCAUCUCUGAUACAAACAUCCAUCGUUGUGGGUUACACCAGUUUGCCGAGGAAGAUGGCAGUGAUGUUGCUGAUAUCACCAAGGACAGUCUAACAGCCGGUAUAAUGGUUGAGAUCCAGGAGAGCGAUGAAAAAGACGAUAAGACGACUCUAACCCUGGUCGAUACCAAGGUCUAUGAUAACCAUGGUGCAGGAAUGGCCCUCCUUGUAGGAUCAAACAAAGAAGAGGAACCGGAACCCAUCACCACCGAUGUCAUCGGGUUAAUCUCUGGUGUCAAUGUUCUUGACAUGAAGAAUAAUGAUUUCAAGGAUAACUUACUUGGAGAUGCAAUGCUAGCACAUUUUGUUGAUGAUUAGAUGUUCUUGAUGUGAAGAAAAUGAUUUCAAGGAUAACUUAAUUGGAGAUGCAAUGCUGGCACGUUUUGUUGAUGAUUAGCUGUUCUUGAUGUGAAGAAUAAUGAUAUCUAGGAUAACUUACUUGGAGAUGCAGUGAUGGCACGCUUUGUUGAUGAUUAAAAGUUCUUGACGUGAAGACUAAUGACAUCAAGGAUAUCUUACUUGGAGAUGCAAUGAUGGCAUGCUUUGUUGAUGAUUAAAAGUUCUUGACGUGAAGAAUAAUGACAUCAAGGACAUCUUACUUGGAGAUGAAAUGCUGCCUGGCACGCUUUGUUGAUGAUUAGAUGUUCUUGAUGUGAAGAAUAAUGAUUUCAAGGAUAACUUAAUUGGAGAUGCAAUGCUGGCAUGCUUUGCUGAUGAUUAAAAGUUUUUGACGUGAAGAAUAAUGACAUCAAGGAUAUCUUACUUGGAGAUGCAAUGAUGGCACGCUUUGUUGAUGAUUAGCUGUUCUUGAUGUGAAGAAUAAUGAUAUCUAGGAUAACUUACUUGGAGAUGCAAUGAUGGCACGCUUUGUUGAUGAUUAGAUGUUCUUGAUGUGAAGAAUAAUGAUAUCUAGGAUAACUUACUUGGAGAUGCAAUGAUGGCAUGCUUUGUUGAUGAUUAAUAGUUCUUGACGUGAAGAAUAAUGACAUCAAGGAUAUCUUACUUGGAGAUGAAAUGCUGCCUGGCGCACUUUGUUGAUGAUUAGAUGUUCUUGACAUGAAGAAUAAUGAUUUAAUGGAUAACUUACUUGGAGAUGCAAUGCUGGCACGCUUUGUUGAUGAUUAGAUGUUCUUGAUGUGAAGAAUAAUGAUAUCUAGGAUAACUUACUUGGAGAUGCAAUGCUGGCCUGCUUUGUUGAUGAUUAGAAAUUUAUUUGUACCAUGCAUAGUAGAGUGUAGGAAUGUUAACAGAGGGCUUCACUCCCUUGUCUGUUGAGAACCUUGAUGGCCAGAAUACACAAAGUUCGUUUUGAAACAGAGGUUGAAAACCAUGGUUAAUUACAUAUGCUCCUGUGACAGUUGCUCCAGGCCUUAUCUUAUCCAAGUUGUAGGGUUAGGGUUGCAAUAUGGGUUUACGUUGGGAUAAGGGUUACGAUGAGGAGUAGGGUAUAGUCAUAAAUCCAGGGUUGAAGUUAGUCAUUCGAUUAGUGAGUGGAAUCUACAGCAGAGCAGUUGUCUCUAGAGCAAAUGUCAUGGAAUUGGUUUAUGCAAAAAAAUUUCAUGCAUUGAAUUAUACGUGUAUAAUGACAAAGCGGCCGAUCUUGAACGCACAUGUUUAUCACAGGGCGCUGAUCUGGCCUAUGAUUUCAUUCGCCUCUGCAUUAAUUACUGGAUGCUUACUUCAUGGGGGGGGGUGUCAUGGUCUAGUGGUUAUGACUCCUGUCUUUCAAUCUGAGGAAUGUUGGUUUGAUUCCCAGCCAUGCAUGUUUUCCUUCAUCAAGAAAUUUACCCCCAUUGUGCUGCACUCAACCCAGGUGAGGUAAAUGUGUACCGGCAGGAAGUAAUUACUCAAAAACAUGUGAGCACCAUAACUGGUAGACUAGCUUAGCCAGGUGGAUACAUGCGCUUUUCAAAUCCUGUAUUAUUUAUUUAUUAUUGCUUGAUGCCAAACUAAACGCAGUCAAAGAAUGAAAUCUGCAAAAAGCAUGUUGUGUAUUUAAAACCAGCUUUGUGAAUUCAGCCCAUUAGGCUUUUGUAUUCUUCAACUCAGCUGCUUGCUUGUCAGUUAAUUAUUCUGAUUCAAAAUUUCUUUUGUCAUCUCAAAUUUUGAAUUUGUGGCAUAGCAUCAGUAUGUUGUCAUUGUCUCGCCUGCAUAGCAGAGCGAGACUAUAGGCGCCGCUUUUCCGACGGCGGCGGCGUCAACAUCAAAUCUUAACCUAAGGUUAAGUUUUUGAAAUGACAUCAUAACUUAGAAAGUAUAUGGACCUAGUUCAUGAAACUUAAGCAUAAGGUUAAUCAAGUAUUAGUGAACAUCCUGCUUGAGUUUCAGGUCACAUGACCAAGGUCAAAGGUCAUUUAGGGUCAAUGAACUUUGGUCAAGUUGGGGGUAUUUGUUGAAUUACUAUCAUAACUUUGACAAUUUAUGGAUCUUGUUCAUGAAACUUGGACAUUAGGUUAAUCAAGUACCACUGAAUAUCCUGUGCGAGUUUCAGGUCACAUGACCAUGGUCAAUGGUCAUUUAAGGUCAAUGAACUUUGGCCGUGUUGGGGGUAUUUGUUAAAUUACCAUCCUAACUCUGAAAGUUUAUGGAUCUAGUUCAUAAAACUUGGGAUAUAAGAGUAAUCAAGUAUCACUGAACAUCCCCUGUGAGUUUCAGGUCACAAAACCAAGGUCAAAGGUCAGUUAAGGUCAAUAAACUUAGGCCAUGUUGGGGUAAUUGUUGAAUUGCCAUCAUAACUUUGAAAGUUUAUAGAUAGAGUGAAUGAAAUGUGGACAUGGGUGUAGUUGACAAGUCUUAAGUCACCGUUCAAAUGUCAUUUAUGGUCAAUGAACGUGGUAUUAUGUCAUUAUAUGAAUGGUGUUUUUGUGAAUGAUUAUUUUAUAGUAGUUUUCAAAGUUAGCACUGCUGCUAUAUUAAAUCGCGUAAUGCAGGCGAGACUGCCAGAGGCGUUCCACUUGCUUUAGGCCUAAAAGUGAGAUUUUUUUUUCUUUUUGAGACUUUCAAAUGGAAUUGCCAGUACUACAAAUACAUGGUUGUGGUUGGUGUUGUUUCAGUUCCUUGAGCACAUAAUACAUGUUGAUUUCUUGCUAUAAAAACAUUUUUUUUUUUUUUUUUACUGAUACACAGAAGUAAUAAAUGAUUAUACUUUUUGUCUCGCCCACCAGAGGUGAAGGCGAGACUUAGGGAUCCAAAUGUCGUCGUCCGUCCGUCACAAAGCUGUAAUGACACAUAACUCCACAACCGUAAGUCGCUUUUCAACCAAACUUGGAUGGUAGAUGGACUUGGGGGACCUGCAUGUUAUGCUGCAGUCUGAGGUCACAUGGUAAGGUCAAAGGUCAUUUUCAGGUCAACGUUAAAGUUUACAUGCAAGACUCUCUUAUGACACCUAACUCCGCAACCGUAUGUCGCUUUUCAACCAAACUUGGUUGGUAGAUGGACUUGGGGGACCUGCAUGUUAUGCUGCAGUCGGAGGUCACAUGGUAAGGUCAAAGGUCAUUUUCAGGUCAACGUUAAAGUUUACAUGCAAGACUCUCUUAUGACACCUAACUCCGCAACCGUAAGUCGCUUUUCAACCAAACUUGGAUGGUAGAUGGACUUGGGGGACCUGCAUGUUAUGCUGCAGUCUGAGGUCACAUGGUAAGGUCAAAGGUUAUUUUCAGGUCAACGUUAAAGUUUACAUGCAAGACUCUCUUAUGACACCUAACUCCACAACCGUGAGUCGCUUUUCAAUCAAACUUGGAUGGUAGAUGGACUUGGGGGACCUGCAUGUUAUGCUGCAGUCGGAGGUCACAUGAUAAGGUCAAAGGUCAUUUUCAGGUCAACGUUAAAGUUUACAUGCAAGACUCUCUUAUGACACUUAACUCCGCAACCGUAAGUCGCUUUUCAACCAAACUUGGAUGGUAGAUGGACUUGGGGGACCUGCAUGUUAUGCUGCAGUCUGAGGUCACAUGGUAAGGUCAAAGGUUAUUUCCAGGUCAACGUUAAAGUUUACAUGCAAGACUCUCUUAUGACACCUAACUCCGCAACCGUAUGUCGCUUUUCAACCAAACUUGGUUGGUAGAUGGACUUGGGGGACCUGCUUUUAAUGCUGCAGUCGGAGGUCACAUGAUAAGGUCAAAGGUCAUUUUCAGGUCAACGUUAAAGUUUACAUGCAAGACUCUCUUAUGACACCUAACUCCGCAACCGUAAGUCACUUUUCAACAAAACUUGGAUGGUAGAUGGACUUGGGGGACCUGCAUGUUAUGCUGCAGUCGGAGGUCACAUGAUUAGGUCAAAGGUCAUUUUCAGGUCAACGUUAAAGUUUACAUGCAAGACUCUCUUAUGACACUUAACUCCGCAACCGUAAGUCGCUAUUCAACCAAACUUGGAUGGUAGAUGGACUUGGGGGACCUGCAUGUUAUGCUGCAGUCUGAGGUCACAUGGUAAGGUCAAAGGUUAUUUCCAGGUCAACGUUAAAGUUUACAUGCAAGACUCUCUUAUGACACCUAACUCCGCAAUCGUAUGUCGCUUUUCAACCAAACUUGGUUGGUAGAUGGACUUGGGGGACCUGCAUGUUAUGCUGCAGUCGGAGGUCACAUGAUAAGGUCAAAGGUCAUUUUCAGGUCAACGUUAAAGUUUACAUGCAAGACUCUCUUAUGACACCUAACUCCGCAACCGUAAGUCACUUUUCAACAAAACUUGGAUGGUAGAUGUACUUAGGGGACCUGCAUGUUAUGCUGCAGUCGGAGGUCACAUGGUAAGGUCAAAGGUCAUUUUCAGGUCAACAUUAAAGUUUACGUCCAAGGCUCUGAUGACAAGUGUUAUUCCAUCCCAGUCAUUUCACAAUGAAGUUUCGAUAUAAUUCUCUUGCGUGCCCUCACAAAUCACAAUAUUUCUGGUUAUUUUCAUAAGUGGGCGAGACACAAAAUUGCAUUUGCCUUGUUUUGAAUUAUGACUGUUCUUGGAAAAAAAAUGUCUAAAAUUUAAAUUUGACUUCUAGCUCUCAGCCCUAAAGAAAUCAUUACUUUAUAUUGUCCUGUUUAACUCAGCGUUUGUGUUUGUAUGUUUCAUAGCUGUGCAAGAUUUAUCAUUCUGGAAAGGAACAAAAGAAAAGUACUGAAAUAUGCCAAAGAUUCUGUUUUUUCUAAUACAUAGUUUUUGCUGUUGAACUAAUGAAAUAUUUAUUUUUAUUCUGAGUCAAUGUUGUUGUAUAG